CCUCAGCCUGCUCCCACCUCAGGCCUUUACCCCUGUGGGUGGCCCCCUCCCUACCUGGAAGGCUGCUCCUCCAGGACCUGGGCAGGCUCCCGUCCUCACCUCCUUCCAGUCUUUGCUGAAGCAGCAGCACCUCAAGAUGGUUGGCGUGGGCUGCGUCCUAGACGGGGUACGCUACAACAAUGGCCAGUCCUUUCAGCCCAACUGCAAGUACAACUGCACAUGUCUCGAUGGCGCGGUGGGCUGCACACCACUGUGCCUCCGCGCACGCCCCCCACGCCUCUGGUGCCGCCACCCCCGCCGGGUGACUGUGCCUGGCCGCUGCUGCAACCAGUGGGUGUGCGAUGACGAUGCCAGGAGGCCACGCAAGAACAUACCACGUGAUACAGGAGCCUUAGUGGCUGAGGGCAAGAUGGAGCCAUGGCACAGGAACUGCUUAACCUACACGAGUCCCUGGAGCCCCUGUUCCACCAGCUGUGGCCUGGGCAUCUCCACUCGGGUCUCCAACAUCAACGCCCGGUGCUGGCCUGAACAGGAGAGUCGUCUCUGCAACCUGCGGCCUUGUGGCGUGGACAUCCGUCCGCACAUCAAGGCAGGGAAGAAGUGUUUGGCUGUGUACCAGCCAGAGGUACCCAUGAACUUCACUCUCGCAAGCUGCGUCAGCACACGCUCCUACCAACCCAAGUACUGUGGGGUCUGCACAGACAACAGGUGCUGCAUCCCCUACAAGUCCAAGACCAUCAAUGUCCCCUUCCAGUGUCCUGACGGACCCAGCUUCUCCCGCCAGGUCCUAUGGAUUAACGCCUGCUUCUGCAACCUGAGCUGUAAGAAUCCCAACGACAUGUUUGCUGACUUGGAAGCCUACCCUGAUUUGUCAGAAAUUGCCAAUUAGGCAGGCACAGAUUAAGAAGCCCGAGACCAGACCCAGUGCCUGCAAAGCAGCAGCCUUCUGUGGCCAAUAACUUCCCAUCACUGAGCCUUCUCUUGUCCACUUCCUAGUCACUUCUAAGUACCCUGAUGUGGACCUUCGGCCUCCUUUCCU